CUCUAUCGUUCAAGCGGAGGCAGCCCGGCGACGCUGCGAAAAACCUCAACGCAGGCCGCGUAGCCGCCAGCCGAACGCGUCGAGAGCCGUUCCUUGGGGAGAGGAAAAACUAAAAAUGGCGUCGGCGUCGUACGCUUCGACGGGCUUGGCCGGAGGCCGAGCGCCGCGGCGGACGGCGGGAAACCGGCUUUCGGGACUGCUCGAAGCCGAGGAGGAGGACGAGUUUUACAAGACUACGUACGGGGGCUUUACGGAGGAAUCAGGGGAUGACGAAUACAAAGGGGACCAGUCUGACAGCGACGACGAAGUGGAUUCGGACUUUGACAUCGAUGAAGGGGAUGAGCCCAGCAGCGAUCAGGAUGAUGACGAGCCGAAAAGGAAGCGGAGAGUCGUCACCAAAGCCUACAAGGAGCCCCUGAAAAGCCUGAGGCCCAAGAAGCCAGACGCGCCUGCGAACAGCUCCCAAAAAGCGAGGGAGGAGAGGUUGGCACCAGCUGAGCUCCAGGAUGACAUGGGAGACAGCCGCAAAUACAUGCGCCAGUCGACCACCGAACACACCAGGCAGACCUUCCUGCGGGUCCAGGAGCGCCAGGUGCAGUCGAAACGCAAGAAGGGGGCAGGCCCCAGCUACGACCGGCCGCUGACCCAGGAGGAGCUGCUGGAAGAGGCGAAGAUAACAGAGGAGCUCAACCUACGCUCUCUGGAGACGUACGAGCGCUUGGAAGCAGACAAGAAGAGGCAGGUGCAAAAGAAGCGGAAAUGUGCGGGGCCGACCAUCCGCUACUACUCAGGGACCAUGCCCCUUGUGUCCGACCUCGGCUUCAAGGAAGAGAACGUGGAUGUCGAAGGUUUGGACCAGGAGACGCAGCCCCUGCCUCCAGAGGCCGCACCAGCAUCUUCUGCUCUGGCGGCAAAGUGCUCGCGGACCUUCAUCACCUUCAGUGACGACGAGACCUUUGAGCGGUUAUUUCCCAAACCCCGCCCCCCCAAGCUGCCCGUGAAGGAGAUCUGCCCCGUCACCCACAAGGCCGCCAUCUACCGCGACCCCAUCACUGACAUCCCGUACUCCAACAUCCGGGCCUUCAAGAUCAUCCGCGAGGCCUACAAGAAGUACAUCACAGCCCACGGCUUGCCCAAUGCUGCCGCCACGGCCGCUCUUGGCCCGGGCCCCCCCAUGGCCGACUCCGGCAUCCGAGCCACCAGGCAGAAGAUCAUCAUCAAGCAAAGCGUCCCAGCUACGUAGGCCAUGAAACUCUUCCCCACUUCCUCGGUUGAUGCCCUUUCCGUUUCUACAAAAAAGCUUUAUUAUUACUGUGAACCUAAUAAAAUCUUUAAAGUGGGAGAGCGGGGAACCUUUGGCCUCCAUUUGUUGCCAAACUAGAACUCUCAUUGGCCCCCGAAGGGAACGACCUGACUUUGAAUAUUGUGUGUAUGUGUUUGCAUGCAUUUUUCUGGGGAGGGGCCCCGUCACUUUCAUCAAGUUCUUAAAUGGGGUCCAUGACCCAAAACAAGGUUAAGAUCUGCUGUAGAGUCUAGGUCAAGACUAAGGAAUGUCUAUGGGCCUCCAGAUGUGGCUGGACUGCCGACUCCCAUCAUUAUCCCUGACCUUUGGCCAUACCGGCUGCUGGGUGAGAUGAGAGUUGGAGUCCAACAGCAUCCGGAGGGCCACAGAAGGUCCCCAAACCCUAAGUAUUGGCUACAGCUUUCAAGGGUUUCAGGCAGGGAGUAUUUUCCCAGCCUGGAGAUGCCCUUGGGGAUUGAAUUUGUGGCCUUCUGCAUGCAAAGCAGAUGUUCUGCCACUGAGCUGUGACCCUUUCCCUAAAACUUAAGUAAGAGUCUAGUCCUUAUGGUUCUGAGUAAAGGAGUGGUUUAAAGAGGAAGCUGCCUUAUACUAUUUAGCUUAGUGAUAAUAAUGAUAAUAAUAGCAAGAAACUUAUUUUUGUUGUCUGCCUCUCACUUGGAACGCAGGUCCCGAGGUGGAUUUCAUAGAUUUAAAAACACAACAACAUACAAAGAGCCGUGCAUAAAUCCAUGAGAUCCUUUAAAACAUCAGAACAAAGUGGUGAAAGUUUCACCAACGUAACGUAAGAAGAGCCUGCUGCAUCCGACCAGUGGCCCAUCUGGUCCAGCGUCCUGCUCUCACGGUGGCCAACCAGGUUUCCCAACGGGAAGCCUGAGGCGCUGCUGAGAAAGACCUUGCUCUGCUUAAGACACGGAGGCUGCCUUGUGCAGAGUCGGGCCACUGGUCUACUUAGCGUUGUUGAUGCUGGCUGGCAGCGUCAUCUCUAGUGCAAUUGCCCGCUAGGGGGCCACAUAACACCAGUUACCACAGCAACGCCGGCCUGCUCGGUGGUAGGCGGCCUUUCAUGCCCAUGUACCAGUAACUGUUACCAGCCACGCUCCCCCCCCAAAUACUCCCAAAGCUACCUGCAGAAUCCAGAGGCAUAAAAGCAAUGGAUUAAUCCGAGCCAGGCAUCAGGCCCUGGAAGAUGUGGAAGGGAACAUCCCAUUCCUGUGAACGUGAGCAGAGUGCUUUUUCUUGGCCGCAGAGCAAGCAGUCCUAACUGGGUUGCACCAGUGUGGAAAAGGCCCUUCUGCAAGCAAUGGCAGAGACGUCUAUGCAUGCCCAGGAACACUCUCUGUACAGCAGCACACAGUAACAGAAUCCAGAGAUGACUUCCAAAAUAAGGGCUCACGGUUGAUUUGAAUAUCCGGAAGGCACUGAUGAUGAUUGUAUUCAUUUAUUUAUUUCAUUUUAUACCCUGAUUUUUUAAAAACAUAGAAAGGUGCUUUAUGUAAAAUCAGCAUAAAACAAAAUGAGAUAAAAACAUAACAGCAGAAACAAGAUGUUUGCCAAGGGUUGCAGGAUCCUCCCACAGACGUUGUCCUAAUGCUCAGGGCUUUAACCUGGUAGCUUACUGGAGGAUUUUAAAAUCCCCUGGUAACGGUGCCUCCCAAGGCCAAAAUCUAUUUUAAUGUAUAUUAUUAUUAGACAGUAAAAGCAUAUUUAAAAGUAUGUAUAAAAACAGUUUAAAACAACAAUAGUACAUAUACCAACGGGGUGAUACAGAUUUUAGCUGGCUUGCCGAAAAGGAAAUAGAAAAUAUCUGUGUAUUAUCUGUGUAUAUAUCUGUGCAAUAUAUGCAGAUCCAAUAAAACAA